UGGGUUGAAUCCAGGUUGAAUCCAUUUUAUGUGGUUGGCAUAUAAAAGAAGAGAAAGAGUGUAUCUGAUCACAAUUCUCGAUCAUUCUCUCAUCUGGUUUCUCUCAAAUUGAAGCUUUUCUCUACGAUUAGGGUUUCUCUAUGUUUAGGGUCUCUCAUUGUUAGAUCGUUAGUGUUACAGUAUAUAUGUUGUUCUUUUCUUGUUGAUCAUUUGUUUCAGGUGAGUAGUUCUUAGUUCUUACAUCUUCUGAUUGUAUUUUUAGUUUAGGGUUUGAGUGUUUUGUUAUGAGAGUAGUUUAGGGAUUUUGUAGUGAGGUUCUUUUGUAAGUUCUUGCAAACCUUUUGUUUCUUUAUCCUUAAAUGAUAUAAGAAAUGAAGAUGUUGGGAAAUUUGUGAUUGUGAGCUUUUUAACAUGGUAGCAGAGCUACGAUGUAGUAUCUGUUGAAGAUCUUGGUGAUUUGAAGAUGAUUUCGUACACGUUCGUCUUGCUCUCAUCCUUAUCUGGUUUUUUUCUUUUCGUGUGUCUUUGGGUCUGAUCGUUGCAGUCUGAUCGUCUUCUGAUCAUUUCUUUGUUGAUUACAUCGUUUUUUGUUAAGAAACAAGUUACUGCGAAGCUGUUAUGUCUUUUGCAGUUUGAUGAUAUUGUUCGACUCUUGAGGAUCUGUGGUUCGAUCUUGGAGAAAAGCUUCUAUUCGUUUGGUCUGCUCACUUAAUCCCUGCAAAAGGUUCAAGUUCUCUAUCAGGGAACGGAAAAGUGUCUGAAAUAACUUUGGCAGAGAACAACCCUAGGGGAGGUGAGCGAUCUUCUGCCUUGCGAAUUCUGCUUAGGACCACUGUGAGCGAUUUCUUGUUCCCUUCUCAACUUUUUUGUAGUUAGAUGUGGGAGUCCUGAUGUCUUGAGUACAUCAGUGACAUAUUUGUGUGCUUAUUUGGUUACUUGAUUUGUUCUGUAUUAACUGUCUCGGGCCCAAACAAAUUUGGUGACCAUCUGGACGUUGAUAUAGUCUGUACUUGUUGCUUUCUUUGAUUGGUACUUGUUUGAUUGUUUGUUGUCUUUGAUUCAAUUUUUGUUUUGAUUGAUUUGUUUUUUAUGAUUUAGACUCUGUGUUGAUUGUCUUAGGCCCCGACAAAUAGUGGUGACCAUCUGGACUUUAAGUCAACACAGGUGUCUGUUUUCUUUUAAGUUUUCUUGUUGUUUUUAUUCUCUGGUGCUUGCUUCUUGUGUGUCUUUUGUGACUAAUCAUGGUUGGUGAAACACCUAAAGGGAGUGGUACUCCCAAAUAUGUUCAUGUUGAUUUUGAUGACCCAUUGUACAUUCAUCCGUCUGAUAAUGCAGUUACUUCUGUAAUAACAAUUAAAUUGACUGGUAAUGAAAACUUUCGAGUAUGGCGUAGUGCUAUGACUAGGGGCCUUAAGGCCAGGAAUAAAUUGGGUUUUGUAGAUGGAACUAUAACUCGUGAAAAAAAUGAUGACACUAAAAGUUCUAAAUGGGAACGUGUAAAUGCUGUUGUGUGUAAUUGGUUGCUAGGAUUAAUAUCCGAAACUAUAUAUGCUAGUCAUGUUUAUUCUGAUAAUGCUAAAAGUAUUUUGGAUGAAUUGUUUGAAACUUAUAAUAAGGCUUAUGGUUUUGUAAUUUUUAAUAUCCAUUAGCAGAUAAAUACCUUAAAACAAAAUGGUUCUUCUCUUUCAGACUAUUAUAAUAAACUUGACUCUUUAUGGAAAGAAUUUGAUGGUUUGACUAGUUUAACUGAAUGUGUAUGCGAGGCUAGUUUAACUGAAUGUGUAUGCGAGGCUGCUACUAAACUUAAUGAUCAUUCUAAAAUGAUGAAAUUAAUGCAAUUUUUGAGUGGUCUUGAUGAUGUGUAUAAUCAAGUUAAAAGUCACAUUCUCUUAAUGGAACCUUUACCUAAUGUUAAAACAGCUUUUUCAAUUCUUUCUAGAGAGGAGUCUCUUCAAAAGAAUGGUUCUUUGAGUUCUGUUUCUUCUUCAAAACCUCAAGUGUUUGUUUUUAAUAGUAAGGUUACUGAUUCAAAAAGGGGUCAAGGUCAAAAUAGGUUUAGAAAUCAAGGGUUACAGUGUAAGCAUUGUAAUCUUAAGGGUCGCACCAUAAAAAGAUGUUAUAAAUUGAUUGGUUAUCCAAAAGAUUUUAAACCAAAGAAUGAUAAUAAUAAUAAUAAUAAUAAUAAUAAUAAUCAAAAUAAGUCUUUUUCUGUGAAUUCUUCUUCGAUUGUUCCAACCAUUAAUUCUGUAGUUUCCUCUGAUUCUGUUCCUAGUAGUGAAUGUCACUAUCUCACAAGUGAACAAUAUUCUAAAUUUCUUCGUCUCAUAAAUGAGAACUCUGCUAGUGAGGAUGUAUCUAUUGCUGCAAAUAUGGCAGGUACAUCAACAUAUUGUUUUAAUUCCUUUGUUAGUUCAAAUAAUUCUCAAAGUUGGAUUGUUGAUUCUGGGGCAAAUCAACAUAUGAUUGCCUCAGAGUCACAACUUCAAGACACUGUGGAUGUGUCUAAACUUAAUCUUCUUGUAAAACAUCCUAAUGGUUCUUCUGCAUUAAUAAAUAAGAUUGGGAAUAUUCACUUAUCCUCUAAUCUUACUUUAUUUGAUGUUUUUGCUGUGCUAGAUUUUAAUGUUAAUCUUUUGUCUGUACAUAAACUGUGUAAGGAUAAUGGAUGUGAGGUUACUUUUUCUGAACAUAAUUGUAAAAUUCAGGAUUCACUAUCAAAGAAGAUGGUGGAGAAUGGUAGAGAGUCUGGCGGACUAUAUUAUCUAGCUCAUGUUCCCUCAGGGAUGUGAAAUUUUAUGAGUCUGUGUUUCCUUACAAAUUAAAGUCAACAAAUGUUGACAAAACUUUACAUAAUUUUAGCCCUAGUGAUCCAUUUUCCUAUGAUGAUUUUGAUACUAAUGAAUACUUAAAUGAUUCUAUUAAUCCUGAUGAGUUGAGAAUAGAGUCACAGUUGGAUGGUGCUGAUGCAGCCACUCACCUGGAUGAUAUUAAUUCUAAUGAUACUGUCAACCGUAGUGGCGAUGCAGUUGUGCCUCCUUCUGCUGGUUUUGUUCCUUCUUCUUCUGAUAUGUCUGAGGAAAGUAGUCAGUUACCCGUAAUCCAUUCUGUUGAGCAGUCUGUAGGUUCUUCUAGGUCUAGACGUGAGUCACAUAUGCCUGUACAGUUUGCUGAUUAUAUUGUUGAAGGUAAAUAUAAUAUAGCAUUGAAAGAUCUAUCAAUUAUUCCUUAUUAGCUAAUAACACAAAAUGUUUUAUUUCAAAUUUAAAUAAAACUGUUGAACCAAAAGAUUAUAUGGAAGCUUUAACUGAUCCAAACUGGGUUAAAGCAAUGAAUGAAGAGAUGAAAGCUCUUCAUCAAAAUAAUACUUGGGAAAUUACUAAUUUGCCUAAAAAUAGAAAACCAAUAGGUUGUAAGUGGGUUUUCAAAAUUAAAUACAAAUCUAGUGGUGAAGUAGAAAGGUAUAAAGCUCGCUUGGUAGCUAAAGGGUAUAACCAAAGAGAAGGAAUAGACUUUGAAGAAACUUUUUCUCUAGUUGCAAAAAUUGUGACUGUUCGUAUUGUUAUUUCUUUGUCUCUUCAUAAUUCUUGGCCUUUAUAUCAACUUGAUAUUAAUAAUGCUUUUUUAUAUGGUGAUUUAACUGAGGAUGUUUAUAUGUCUCUUCCUCUUGGAAACUAUUCUACUGGUGAUUCUAGGGUUUGUAAACUUACUAAAUCAUUAUAUGGGUUAAGACAAGCCCCUAGAAAGUGGAAUGAAAAACUUUGUUCUUCCUUAUUUUUGUUUGGUUUUCAGCAAAGUAUAAGUGACUAAUCCUUAUUUGUGAGAAAGUUUGAAGGUUCGUUGACUGUGUUACUUGUAUAUGUAGAUGACAUUAUUUUGACUAGAAAUUGUGAACUUGAAUUACAGAAAGUUAAAAAUUUCAUGAAAACUCGGUUUUUAAUUAAAGAUCUUGGAAUUUUGAAGUAUUUUUUUGGGAAUUGAAGUAGUAAGGUUUAAUAAUGGUUUAUGCUUAAAUCAAAGAAAAUAUUGUUUAGAGUUAUUACAUGAAUAUGGUAUGCUUGGGUGUAAACCUGUAAGUACUCCUUUGGAAACAAAUUUUAUAAUAGAUUCUGGUGGAAAAGAUAAAGAAAAUGCUUUAUUAGACAAUAUAACUGAGUUUCAAAAACUUAUAGGAAAAUUGAUAUACUUAACUGUUACUAGACCCGAUAUUUCCUAUGAUGUUCAAGUGCUUAGUUAAUUCAUGCAUAGACCUAACACGUCUCAUCUAAAAGUUGCUUUUAGACUUUUAAGAUAUCUAAAGAAUAGUCCAGGAAAGGGAGUAGCUAUAACAAAAUCUGAUAGUUUUGAACUUAAAGGGUUUGUAGAUGUUGACUGGGCUAAGUGCUUGACUACAAGAAAGUUAGUGUCUGGAUAUUUGGUCUAUUUUAACAAUUGUUUGAUAUCCUGGAAGAGUAAGAAACAAUCUACUAUUUCUAGAUCUUCUACUGAAGCUGAAUAUAGGGCUCUUGGUUUUGUUACAUGUGAAAUAAUUUGGGUCUUAAAAAUUUUGUUUGAGUUAGAAAUUAAGGAAUUAAUUCUAGUUUCAAUUUUUUGUGAUAAUGAGUCAACUAUUAAGUUGGCUUUAAAUCCUAUGUUUCAUGAGAGGACAAAACAUUUGAAAUUGAUCUCCACUUUGUUAGGGAAAAAAUUUCUAAUGGAGUGAUAAAAUUGGUUAAAAUUUGUUCCUCUGAACAAACUGCAGAUAUUCUUACUAAAUCUUUAACUAUAAAGCAACAUGAUUUUCUAUCUAACAAUGGGUCUUAUUGAUGUUUUUAAAAAAUGAAAAAUAAAUAUUUCGAUUGAGGGGGGAUGUUGAAAAUAACAAGGUUAAAUAUUACAAUCUCAUAUUUAUUUAUUUAUAAUCUAGAGGGUGUGAUAUGUACAAGUGUUAUUCUUCUAGGUUUAAGUGAUUUUACAGGAAAUGCACGCGGAUCUUAAAUGGGUCAAGAAGACUUUGGGUUGAAUCCAUUUUACGUGGUUAGCAUAUAAAAGAAGAGAGAGAGUGUAUCUGAUCACAAUUCUCGAUCAUUCUCUCAUCUGGUUUCUCUCAACUUGAAGCUUUUCUCUACGAUUAGAGUUUCUCUAUGUUUAGGGUCUCUCAUUGUUAGAUCGUUAGUGUUACAAUAUAUUUCUUGUUCUUUUCUUGUUGAUCAUUUGUUUCAGGUGAGUAGUUCUUAGUUCUUACAUCUUCUGAUUGUAUUUUUAGUUUAGGGUUUGAGUGUUUUGUUAUGAGAGUAGUUUAGGGCUUUUGUAGUGAGGUUCUUUUGUAAGUUCUUGCAAACCUUCUGUUUCUUUAUCCUUAAAUGAUAUAAGAAAUGAAGAUGUUGGGAAA